GCCAUCUUUCGUUUCGAACUACCUUCGUUAAAUUGUCAGUUAUAUUUAAAUGAUAAAAAUGCUUUGAUAAAAAGUGUUAACUUGUGGGCUUAUAAGUAAAUGUUUAAUGACGUCAGGAUGGCGUCAUAUUUACUCUUGAUUGUGGUUAUUAGUGUAGUAUUAUGGGGAAAAGCAAACGGAGAAAUUGGAGUGACAGCCUGCACAGAUGCAACUGACUGUGCGGCAUUGACCAGUUCGGUGUGUGACACGAUCGUAACACAGACGUGCGUUUGUGUCACCUCCCAGGGAUUUACGGCAAACGCCAAUAACGAUGGAUGCGACUACGAUUGCGGGGCGCUCGCAAGCCCGCAAAAUGGUGCCGUAACGUACACAUCCACGAUACAAGACUCCGUUGCAACGUACAGCUGUAACGCCGGGUACCAAAUUGAUGGUUCAACAACACGAACUUGUUCUGCAGUGACGCCGAGAGGUUGGUCCGGUGCAGCACCAACUUGCAUUGAAGGCCAACUUGGUGACUUGUGUAACACAAUCACAGACUUGUGUGACAACAUCAUUAACGGUGAAUGUAGCGGCCUAGGCAUCUGUAGUUGCUUUGCUGGAUAUACUGCCGUCAGUUUUUAUGCUUGUCAAGAAACCAACGAGUGUGAGUCGACUCCUUGUAUUAAUGGAGGCACGUGUAACGACCUUAUCAACGAGUUCACGUGCACGUGCGCAACCGGCUUCCAGGGAACCACGUGUCAAACAAACCCGGAUGAUUGCAAUCCCCAACCGUGUGAAAACGGCGGCAUAUGUACAGACGGGCUGGCAACAUUUACAUGCGCAUGCGCAGACGGAUAUGCCGGGACAACCUGUGCGACUAAUAUUGAUGAAUGCGCCAGUGCACCGUGCGUGAACGGGGGCACGUGUAAUGAUGGUGUCAACAUGUACACUUGCUCGUGUGUGGCGGGAUACGACGGUCUCACGUGUGCAAAUGACAUUAAUGAGUGCGCAUCUGACCCCUGUAAGAACGGGGCCACAUGUAAUGACCUAGUUAACAUGUACACGUGCUCGUGUGCGGCCGGCUAUGAUGGGACGCACUGUCAAAGCAAUAUUAAUGAAUGUGCAUCUAACCCCUGCUCGAACGGAGGCUCAUGCACAGAUCUCGUAAAUUCGUUCACGUGCACGUGUGCUAGUGGUUACACAGGAACCAUGUGUGAUACAAACAUCAACGAGUGCACGUCACUUCCCUGCAAGAACGGUGCCACUUGCACCGACCUCGUGGCAGCCUACACGUGCGGUUGUGUGGACGGCUAUAGCGGAACCAACUGUGAAAUCAAUAUUGAUGAAUGCGCAUCAAAUCCUUGCGAUAAUGCGGGCACAUGCACUGAUCUCGUGAACUCGUUCACCUGCGCAUGCGUGGCCGGAUAUACGGGUGUCACGUGCUCUUCAAAUAUAAACGAGUGCGCGUCGACACCUUGCCAGAACUUUGGCACGUGUACAGAUGGGAUUAACGAGUACACGUGCUCGUGUGUAGCAGGCUAUAAUGGACCGCAGUGUCAAAACAACAUCGACGAGUGUGCGACGGUCACGUGUCAGAACGGCGGAUCGUGCGUGGACGGUGUCAACUUUUACACGUGUAAUUGUGUGGCUGGGUACACCGGAAGCACGUGUCAAACAAAUAUUAACGAGUGCUCGGGCGUGAUUUGUCAGAAUGGGGGCACGUGCGUGGACCAAAUCAACGCUUACUCGUGCAGCUGCCUUACCGGCUAUACGGGGCUCCAUUGUGAAACAAACAUUAAUGAGUGCGCUACGAACCUGUGUGAAAACGGCGCAACGUGCAUAGACGGCGUUGCCAAGUACACGUGCGAAUGUGUGGAUGGUUAUGAAGGGACCCUGUGUCAAACAAAUAUUGACGAAUGUGCGUUCCAUGCGUGUAAAAACGGCGCCACGUGUGUUGACGUGGUUGCGGCUUACACUUGCCAAUGUGUGGACGGAUUUACUGGACAAUUCUGCUCUUCAAACAUUAACGAAUGCUCUCCAAACCCAUGUCAAAAUGGCGGCGCAUGCACAGACGGGGUAAACACGUUCACUUGCACGUGCAUAGCUGGAUAUACCGGAAAUACUUGUGGAACGGAUAUCAACGACUGCAGCCCAAAUCCAUGUGAGAACGGCGCCUGCACGGAUCUCGUCAACGAUUUCUCGUGCACAUGCACCGCGGGAUAUACCGGAAAAACUUGCAACACAGACAUCAAUAACUGCCUGCCCCCACCCUGCAAGAACGGUGGCACGUGCACCGACCUCGUGGAUAGCUACUACUGCACGUGCGCGAAUGGAUACGAGGGGACGACGUGCACUGAAAAUAUUGAUGACUGUGUGUCACAUUUGUGUCAGAAUGGGGCCACAUGCGUAGACCAAGUUGCGGCAUAUGUGUGUCAGUGUGAUGCCGGGUACACUGGGACCUACUGCGAGACAAACAUCAACGAGUGUGUGUCACAUAAUUGUUUGAACGGUGGCACGUGCGUUGAUGCCAUCAACGGUUACACAUGCACGUGCGCGGAUGGGUAUACCUCAAGUUUCUGUCAAACAAAUAUUAAUGACUGCUCCACUAAUCCGUGCGAUAAUGGUGGCACGUGCACAGACCUCGUGAAUGGAUACUCGUGCGCAUGUGCUGAUGGGUUUACGGGUACAACGUGCAGAGCAGGCAUAUUGAACGACGACUGCUCCGUUCGACCUGGUGUUUGUUCAAACCUGCAAAAUGCUGAGUGUGACGGCUCCAAGUGUGUGUGUUCAACUGGCUACCACAAGACUGGAUCUUCAACGUGCAGCAAGAUAGAUUGUGGCACUAUUGAACCACCAGAAAACGGACUUGUGAAUCACGACGAAGGAAUCUUGUACCUUGACAGGGCCUAUUUCACUUGUGACACAGGGUACACCCGCUCGGGUGUUUCGUCUGUCAGGUGUAAUUCUGACCAACUUUGGAGCGGGGACACGCCUACUUGUGUCAUCAAAGACUGUUCGACUCUUUCUUCCCCAACUCAUGGCGCGGUCGCAUACGUUCCCAAUACACAAUACCAGGGCAAUGCGGAAUUCUCCUGUGACAUUGGGUACACUCUGAGCGGUACUUCCACUAGGACCUGCCUAUCCACUGGCAUCUGGAGUGACGCUAGUCCCGUCUGCGUCGUUAACGAUUGUGGCACACUGACACCACCUUCCAACGGCGCAGUUGACCUUACAGAAGGAACCAAGUACACGAGCAAUGCCGUUUUCACGUGCAAUCCGGGCUAUACGCUGGUUGGGGAUUCCACCACUAUGUGCGCGGCAGACUCCACGUGGGACUCACCCAAACCUACUUGUAUCAUAAAGAAUUGCGGCGUACUGAUAGCACCUACAAACGGUGAUUUGAAUGACGACCAGGGAACUAACUAUGGAGCCAUUAUCACGUUCUCGUGUAACACGGGGUACACACUAACUGGUGACGUCACACGCACCUGUAUCGAAACUGGCCAAUGGAGUAAUACGAAUCCUACUUGUGUCAUCAAUGAAUGCUCAGUCCUUUCGAACCCGACAAACGGGAAAGUGGACCUCUCCGGUGGCACGACCUACCAAUCUGUGGCAGUUUACUCGUGCAAUGCGGGUUUCGUGUUGUCGGGGACAUCUUCUCGCACGUGUCAAGCAGAUACCACGUGGUCUGGUGCCAUGCCAUCUUGUGCAAGGAAAUCUUGUGGGUCCCUUUCCGCUCCCACCAACGGUGCGGUUGAUCUCACAGACGGCGUACUUUAUGAGGACGUUGCCACUUUCUCGUGCAAUUCUGGGUUCUCAUUGACCGGUGACGUGACGCGCAUCUGCCAGGCUGAUACCACAUGGAGCGGAGCAUCACCAACUUGUAGCAUUGAUGACUGUGGCCCCUUAACCAAUCCGUUAAAUGGGCAAGUUCUGACGGUGGAUGGUACGGAAUACCAGGACACUGCUGUGUACUCGUGUAAUCAGGGUUACAAGAUUAAUGGCGUCGACACGCGCACGUGCAUGGAUGGUGGUCAGUGGAGCGCGUCGCCCCCGACCUGCGUCAUUAAAGACUGCGGACCAGUCGCGAAUAUCACAAAUGGCUUGGCGCUGUACUCCCCCGGAACGCUGUACGGGGCGACUGUCAUUUACACAUGCAAUGACGGGUAUGAGGUCACUGGCGACACGUCACGUGCAUGUCUCGCAGACGGCACGUGGGGAGGCUCUCAGCCUUCAUGCACAAUCCUAGACUGUGACGAAGCCCCAACAAUCCCAAACGGUUUCUCGUGGCUGCCGUCGGGAAGUCAGGUCGGUGAUUACGCCGUGUACUCGUGUAAUGGGGGAUACGGGCUUGUCGGCGACCCGAACGUUCUCUGUGAGCCUUCGGGGUUCUGGGGAGUCGUACCUGAGUGUAAACUUGACUGCGGUAUUCCACCCGACGUUUCUAAUGGUGUGGUUUCGUACCCGGAUGGUUCCCUCGUUGGUACAAGGGCCACCUAUACGUGCAAUAGUGGGUACAGUGUCACCGGACAUGCCGCCAUCGAUUGCCUCACUUCCGGCACGUGGUCUGAUCCCCCCGUUUGCGAGUUGAUCGGGCUGCAAUACAACGAGUUAUGUUCGGUGUCAGCCCAAUGUCAAACAGUUGGCGCCACAUGUAGGGACGAUUUGUCAGGCGUGGAUCGGUGUCUCUGCGCGAUCGAAGGAGAACAUUAUGACAUAGCGGACGAUGAGUGCUUGAAACUUUGUUCUUCCCUUGGGAACCCGACAAACGGCCAGGUGACCAACCCGGCUAUUUUGGCUGCGGGGGAGUCCGCGGUGUACACGUGCGACACCGGAUAUGCGCUCUCUGGACCUGGGACUCGCACAUGUUUGUCCACCGGGGUAUGGAGCGGAGUGGCACCCAUGUGUGUUGGGGGGUGUCCCGAUCCGGAAAACCCUUCCAACGGAGCAGUCAACACAACUCAGGGUCUGGCAGCUGGCAAUAUUAUCAGGUACUCUUGCGACCCGGGAUACGCAAUACAGGGCGAGGAGGAGAGAAUAUGUGAGGUGGACUCCCAAUGGAGCGGAAACACGCCCUCCUGCGUAAUUGAGUGUUCUGUUCUGCCAAACGUCGAGAAUGGCUAUGUUGAUUUGUCAUUCGGGAACUGGGAGGGGUCCCGUGCCACUUACAUAUGCGAUGAUAACCACGCCCUGAUAGGCGUGUCCACAAGAACUUGUGAGUCUACAGGCCGAUGGACUGGUAUCGUCCCCGAGUGCGUCUUUGCCAUAUUUCCGGACGUAAUCCUAAUAUUUGGGACGCUGUUUAUCAUACUAAUGCUGGUAGACAUCGCCGUGAUCGGCGUCUGUAUCUACUUCCGAUACUGCAAGAAAAAGCCGCCCAAGCCGGAACCGGCCCCGGAAAAGCCCAGGGAGUUUCCGGAAGUGUUUGACGAGGACAAAGACACCGGCGUGCCACCAGAGGGCUUUCUUAUGGCUGGAUCCAUUCCAAAAAUCAAGAAUUCGGGUUUAAGUACAGUAAAGAAAAUAUACCAGCACGAAGCUCCCCGUGUUGUGCCGGGAACAAAAAAGUCAAUACUUCGAGAACCCCCUGCUCCGUCGAUGCCCAAGGAUACAUUAACUGCUGGCAGUGGCAAGGCCACUCUUGGGGCCAUAAGGGGCUUCUUAGGUCGCGGCCAGAAGAAGGGCUUACCCGAAAGUGGAGAAAUGGGGGCUACAACGGAAAUGCCGUCCAAUGUCAGACUGCCGAAGAUCGGCGGCGGGCCUUUGCCAUGGCAGUCUAAGGAAACGGUGGUUGAGACGCCAACCUUUAAGUUAAAUGGCCUUGGAGGAGGCGGGGACGAGGGAUUUAGAGACGGCGGCUACAAUACCGGAAACAGCGACGACAACCCCAACGCGUCUAUGAAUUCCUCAAUUGAGGACGUCCAAACAAUCGAGGGCCCACAAACCACAUGGCGCGCAAAUGCUUCUUCUUCCCCCGUGCAGACACGACGGAAUCUUAUGGACGCCGCCGCCGAUACGUUCCGGGGCCGCGCACCUAUCCCUCCAGUAGCGGGGUCGCCACCAACUGACCGGAACGGUCAAGCCUUCACAGAUGAGACGCGCCGCCAACUGAGAGGCACGGUUAAUGCUUACAUUUCGCCGACCCAACAUAAAGGAUGGAAUUGAAAUUCGAAGUCCUGUGACUUUUUGUUACCAAAAUUAUCUAUGACGUGAAUUAGUCAUUCGAAAUUUGAUGAUAUAUUUUGCUUAUCAUAUUAAAACAAGCUUCAAUUAUUUAAUUGUUUCCCCCGUUUUUAAUUAAUUCAUUGUUUCAGUAACAUCAAUUGCUUUUGGCUAGGAUAAAUCAAUUACAACAAUUUUUACUUGUACACGUAAUUCAGAUGGUAACGCUUUUUUAUUGAAAUGACACAUGAAGUAAUUUAUAGCCAUUGGAAAGUUUGUCUUUGAUAAUUGUUGAUAGGACUGUCAAUGGUAGACUAAAAUUGAGUACAUUUCAUAAAACUAUUUAAUGAAUAAAGAAUAAAAAGGAAUGAAAAAGUAACAGCGCCAUACUUUAUUUUAUUAUUGUUGUUUUUAAUCUGUACAAAUCCGCAUUAUUUACGCUGAAUGAUAUGAACAGUUAUAUUUCUUGAGGAAUCAAUUUUUGCAUUAAACAUAAAUAAACACAGAACAUAAUUCCAUUUUUUUCUUGUUUUCUUGUGAUUGGUGUUGCUUUUGUUCAAAUAAAUUGUGAAAAUGU